AUGUCGGAGGCACUCAUCUGGGAAGUAAUGAAGAGCUACAGCUCAAAAGGCAUGCGCCGCACGCACCCUGUAGGCGUCUUCACCCGCGAGAAGGGCUCCCUUUGCCACAAGCGUACGCUGCGCGACUCCGGCCUUGCCCGCAUCAGGGCCGUCGACGUAAGCAUCAACGACGAUGGCAUCCCGGUCCUCGCCAUCAAGAACGCCAACCCCGAAGAGAGCCGCCUCCCGGACAAGAUGUGGCGCGAGGUCACGCUCUCGGGCGGUGUUCGCAAGGCCCUGUCCACCACCGACUCCUUGCUCUCCGACUACAAGCCCGCGCUCAAGAAGCCCGCCAUGAGGAAGGUCAGCGCCGCGUACAUGGCCCUCGCCAGAAAGAAUAAGGCCGUCGCAUCGGCUUGA